AUGGGAGAAAUACGGGACGAAAUCGAACUCAACGGAGCGGAGACUAACGAGCCGCAGAAGGGCGGCUACAGAAGGGAUCAUGUUGGCGGCAAAUGGCCAGAGAAUGGCCGUGCCGCGUCCAAGAUUGAGAAGAAGAAGAAGAAGAAGAGGCCC